CCGUUUAUAAAAUCGAUUUUAGGAGGCAAGAUUCAUCUCUUCUCAACAUGUCCGAAUAUCGGCUAUUGUUCAUGUUGAUUCAUUUUCCGUUAUUAUCAGUCUUAGAAUUUCAAUAAAAAAUACAUAUGUAGCGUCUAGAGUGCAUCUUUUAUAUUUUAUUUCCAAUUCUUAGUGAUCCAUGGCAUGUGCCGGUUUCAAUUGUUUUAAGCCCUUCCAAUAAAACUGUAAAUUUACUGUAAAAAGCGAUUUAUUCCUUAACAUAGAAUUCAAGUAUGGAAGCUACUGCAUUCGUCGAAGACUGGCUUUGCUACGACUCAAUUCUUGGCGAGGGAGCUUAUGGAGAGGUGAGACUAUUAGUGCACCGGAAAACAGAAGAAAAAAUAGCUUGCAAGAUUAUAGAUCAUUCAAGAUACAGAGAUGCCAAAACUAAUAUUAACCGGGAAGUUACACUCCAUAGCAUGCUGAAUCAUGAAAAUAUUAUUCGAUAUUUUGGUAGAAGGCAGGAACCACAUCGAGAAUAUAUUUUUUUAGAAUAUGCUUCAGGUGGAGAGCUAUUCCAAUUGAUUGAACCAGAUGUGGGUAUGCCAUCUGGGAUGGCCCAAAAAUUUAUGAAACAUUUGCUAAAUGGAUUGAGCUAUUUACACCAAAAAGGCAUAGCACACAGAGAUAUAAAACCAGAAAAUCUUCUGAUUGAUGGAAAUGGUACUUUGAAAAUCAGUGAUUUUGGGUUGGCCACUAUAUUUCGACUGAAAGGAAAAGAGCGCAAACUUGAUAAAAGAUGUGGUACCAAACCAUAUUUGGCACCAGAGAUAUUAAAAAGUUCUUAUUUUGCCCGGCCAGCUGACAUUUGGAGUUGUGGUAUUGUGUUUGUUGCAAUGCUUACUGGUGAACUUCCUUGGACAGAUACAUCAGAUGACAAUGAGGAAUUUUCCAAAUGGCGGAAGAAUGUUUAUAUAUCUGAAACGCCGUGGUCUAAGUUGGGGAACACCGCGUUAAGCCUUGCUAGACAAAUUUUAAAUGAAGUUCCAGAAAAAAGAUUGACUCUGGAACAAAUCGUAAAGCACACAUGGAUGAAGUUUAGCUUUGGAGAUGUCAUUGAAACGGACCAACCUGACGGAUUCAAUAGCAGUGAAGCGAAACGCUGCAACUCAAUGUUCGAAGCAGAAACAAGAAAUAAAUCCGAAACACCCCAAGUGACUCUUUCUCAGCCAGUCUUCACUUUUCGGCCCACUUCUCUUAAUCAACUAAUUACUGAUUUGAAGGCCCUCCAUAGCAAGAGCUCAGUAUGCUUCUCGCAGCCAGUCAAAAAUGAGGAUGUGAUUCUUCAGUUUACACAGAGUCCUGUCACUCAGGACAAUUUUCACAACUUGGUGAAAAGAAUGACCAGGUUUUAUGUUGACUGUGAUUUGGAAGCUGCUUUGGAAACCUUGUGCUCAACCCUGGAUAGUUUGCAUUAUAGUUGGACCAUAGAUGUUAAGGGAAUGGUAACUGUGUCCACAGUAGAUUCUGUAAAGAAUCAGUUGAUUUUCAAGGUUAAUCUGCUAAAUAUGGAUGGAAAAAUAUUGAUCGAUUUUAGACUUUCCAAGGGCUGUGGUUUGGAGUUUAAGAAACGCUUUCUUAAAUUGAAGUCAAGUCUAGGGGAUAUAGUUGCGAAAACCUAAUGGAUAUUACCAGGUGCCUUAAAAGUAUUAAGAGAAUUGUUACUGAAUUUCUUUUGUACUGAUUUUUUUUGUUUAUGUUUGUAUUUUUGUUUGUUUUUUCUUAAAAUAAAUACUUAGUUUCAUCGUUAUUAUUUAAUAAAUAAGAAUGCUUAUGUACAUGAGCAUCAGAGAAACUAGUUGAAAGGGCAGUCUUUUUUGGUGUCCGUCUCCACGCAGUAUGUUCCUUGAAGUCUAAAAAUAAAAUUAAUAACAAAAAUAACAAAACUGGG